AUGACGGCUCAAAACAGCAGCAGCAAAAAAAACGGCUUUAUGGGCGUUGCCGAUGCUGCUACCAGCAGCAGCAGCAGCAGCAGCAGCAGCAGCAACAGCAGCAGCAGCAGCAGCAGCAGAGAGUAUGUGUACCAUGACUUGCAGACGCAGCUGCAUGCAGCUCUGUCUUUGUCUGUCAGCAGCAGCACAACCUUUUUUGCUGCUCGCUGCGGCAGCCAGCUCCACAGCAGCAGCAGCCGGUUGCAGCAGCAAGAAGCUGAGCUGUAUAGACACCUGCUGCAGCUCUUAUCGGUGCCAUCACUUGCUGCUGCUGCAGCAUCUGCUGCUGCUGCUGCUGCUGCUGCUGCUGCUGCAUCGCCGCCAGGGACGCUCCCAAGCAUCGAAGGCACCCCGCAGCUUGCUGCUGGUGAAGGCACUGUAUCAGCAGCAGCAGCAGCUGCUGCUGCUGCUGCUGUUGUUGCUGCUGUCAAUGCUGCUGCUGUCACUGUUGCUGCUGCUGUUGAAGCUGUUGCUGUUGCUGCUGGCUGA